AUGAAGUCUUCUACGAGCAUUCCGACGGAAUCGACGCUCUCGUGUGAGGAGCUAGCUCGCAUCCUCAUGCCUGUGCUGUUUGGUAAGGACGUCCUAGAUCUCGUGAGUGUCGCCGGGAAUGUAUACACCACGGCGUCACCGGACAACCAGACAACGGCUCUGGAAGGAAUUCAAGAAUUGUCGAAAGGGCUGAGGGAGGCCUGUCCCGACCAGUGGGUGGUCCUAGGAGGCAAGAAUGUGUGUAUGCCGAAGAACCCCCCGACUUUCGCUGAGCAUCGAGCCGAUGCGUUCCGGGCAGAGGUAGCCGGCUCCGUGAAGCUGCAGGCCUGUCUGGCCCGGAUCCUUUUAGACGUAGGCAUUCGUCUGGAUAGAAUGGUUGGUCAAGGGAAGAUUGAAUCUGCUCCUGUCGCGGGCGUCCUGAACUUGGUCAGAACGUGGCGUUACAAAUUGGAAAACGUCCUUCAACUACCGGAAGCCGCCGAGGUGAGGUUUAACCAACAAGAGGACAAUGCGUCCAACCUCGACGACUUGUCAAUGAGCUACACCUGUCUACACCAGGUCAGGGGGACCACUGUCCUGUUCCCGUCAUCACAUAUUAGCUGUUUCGAGUCGAAGGACGAGCUGAGCAUUGACCCCCGGGGACUAGGUUCAUUCGCCGAUUUUUUUCACCAUCUGAACACGCAGUGA